ACUUCUGCGCAAUGGUUGUUUCAGCGGGGGUACCAGACAAUCCUUCACCAUAUAAUUGUGGACAAAGACAAUGUCGUAGGGUUGGUCGGGAGGGUCGUGUUUAGAGUUCAACUUCACAUUGGAGCGGAAGGCGCGGAUGGCCGUACCUUCCUUGGAAAGUAGGUGUCUGUGCGCCUUUUUAUUAUUGUUGCAGCCGAAUCCGCCGUCAAUGGCGCGGGCCAAACCACUUUUCAUAACAAACAUCGACCCGGCUCUCGCAGCUUGCAGGCCUCUACCUACCCAGCUCACCCACCAAGAACACUACAUGGCUUCAGACGUAGAGCAACCUGCCAAGGGACUAUUACAAUCUCUGAAGUCCGAUCGAUUGGUCAAGAUCUACGUCGGAGAUGAAGCGCAGCCAUACUUUGUGCAACAGCUAGUCCUCGAAGAACAGUCGAGCUAUUUCACGAAAGCACUGCAGGCUAAUGCUUUCUCGGAGGGACAAACCGCCUGUCUUCGCUUCCUUGACGACAGUGCCGUAGCCUGGACGUACUUCUUUCAUUGGACAUUUAGGUCUCUUCUCACAGACGGCGAAGACGGCAACUACAAGGAGGAAGACUUGAUCCAGUGCUGGAUCUUCGGCGACAAGCCGGCGACAUGGGAAUGCCUCAAACAUGGCGUGCUCAACUCACCCCCAGCUUCGAAGCUCCGGCAACUAAUGGCCGAGGAAGCCGUCAAAUACGUCAUGCGUACCCCAGCAAACAGGAUGAGCAUGCUAGAUCAAUUCGAUGGAGCAGCAGGAUUUACCAGCCAGCUUUUCCAGGCUUUAACGAGCUACAACGAGGGCGCUCCUUGGCUCCAUGGUAGGCUGACAGCAUGCGGGUCCGAUGGAUGCACGAAGGUAUGGCGGGAUUACAUCAAAGGCGAGCCGCCGUACAAGCAUUGGGUGUACGAUAAAUGAACCUUACCAUGACGGCUCAUGAGAGGACGUGUCGGCGGCGAGUGGUAAUGAGCGCAUCGAGGGAGAGAAUGGUAUCGAUGCAAAGUUGUCGUA